UCAACGUCAGCUACUAAUACCCCAUCAAAAAGUAGCCGAGAUUGGGCGAAUAGCGAGCAAAUACGUCCGCGUUUCUCUGCCUGCUCCCCCACCGAUAUCCCUUCCACAACCACCAGCACUGAGAGCUGGAAAGGUCGAGGUUGCUGCAGAACAGGCCCAGCCGCCAGGGCUCGACCUGUCUUCCCCUCCGCCUUCACAAAUACCCCAACACCUUUCUCUGGCCGGGUUUCUUCCCGAGCUAGCAUCAGGAAAGGGUGAGGGGAACGAAGACGACAGGCAUCACACCACAACAAUCGUCAAAAUGAACCACCACCAGCACACUCCGCAACAGCAGCAAAAAGCCGGCGAGCAACAGCUUAGCGAGCCAGAGGAUAUGGAUAUGGAAGCUGGAGAUGCAGAUGAACCCCCAAGGAUCACCCAGAAUUCUGUCAUCAAUGGGAACGUAGCCAUGGCCGAUGGACAAAACAACACAGAGGAAGACAUGGAGGAUGACACCAGUUGGCGUUCAGAAGCUACUUUUCGAUUCGUAGUAGAGCAUUUCAGCAGACUGAGUGAAUCUGUUCUUGGCCCACCUUGUUUUGUGAGGAACUUGCCCUGGAAGAUCAUGGUGAUGCCUCGCUUCUACCCAGACAGGCCACACCAGAAGAGUGUGGGUUUUUUCCUUCAAUGCAAUGCAGAGUCUGAAUCCACGUCAUGGUCGUGUCAUGCUCAAGCAAUGCUGAAGAUCAUUAACUAUAAAGAUGAUGAAAAAUCUUUCAGUCGCAGGAUCAGCCACCUUUUCUUUCACAAGGAAAAUGACUGGGGCUUUUCCAACUUCAUGUCUUGGAGUGAUGUGACUGAUCCAGAGAGGGGCUUUAUUGAAGAUGACAAGGUAUCCUUUGAAGUGUACGUUCAGGCUGAUGCACCACAUGGAGUGGCAUGGGAUUCAAAGAAACACACUGGCUAUGUUGGGUUGAAGAACCAAGGAGCGACAUGCUACAUGAACAGUUUAUUACAGACACUGUUCUUCACAAAUCAGCUUCGGCGGGCAGUGUAUAUGAUGCCUACAGAAGGAGAUGAUUCCUCCAAAAGUGUGCCCCUUGCCCUACAGAGGGUUUCCUAUGAGCUGCAACAUAGUGAUAAACCCGUGGGGACAAAAAAGUUGACAAAGUCAUUUGGGUGGGAAACUGUGGACAGCUUUAUGCAACACGAUGUGCAGGAGCUCUGUCGGGUUCUUCUUGACAAUGUUGAGAACAAGAUGAAAGGCACUUGUGUGGAAGGCACGAUUCCCAAACUUUUCAGGGGGAAGAUGGUGUCCUAUAUCCAGUGUAAGCAUGUGGACUACAUAUCUGAGCGAAUAGAAGAUUACUAUGAUAUCCAGCUCAGUAUAAAGGGAAAGAAAACCAUCUUUGAGUCCUUCAAUGAUUACGUGGCAGUGGAACAGCUGGAUGGGGACAACAAAUAUGACGCUGGAGAACAUGGUCUGCAGGAAGCUGAGAAGGGGGUGAAGUUCCUAACGUUUCCCCCGGUCCUGCACUUGCAGCUCAUGCGAUUCAUGUAUGACCCUCAGACAGACCAAAACAUAAAGAUCAAUGACCGAUUUGAGUUCCCAGAACAGUUACCUCUAGAUGAGUUUCUGCAGAAGCCAGAUGUGAAGGACCCUGCCAAUUACAUUCUCCACGCAGUGCUGGUUCACAGUGGGGAUAAUCAUGGUGGGCACUAUGUUGUCUACCUCAACCCCAAAGGAGACGGCAAAGCGAGUUCCAAGGAGCCAAUCUGGUGCAAAUUUGAUGACGAUGUUGUGUCCAGAUGUACAAAAGAAGAGGCAAUUGAGCACAACUACGGAGGGCAUGACGAUGACUUAUCUGUGCGUCACUGUACAAACGCAUACAUGUUGGUGUACGUUAGAGAAUCCAAACUCGGCGAGGUGCUGCAGCCCGUUACGGACCUGGACAUACCUCAGCAGCUGGUCGAGCGACUGCUGGAGGAGAAGAGGGUGGAGGCCCAGAAGAGGAAGGAGCGGCAGGAAGCUCACCUCUACAUGCAAGUGCAGAUUGUAACAGAAGAUCAGUUCUGUGGACAUCAAGGCAAUGACAUGUACGAUGAGGAAAAAGUGAAGUAUACGGUGUUCAAGUUUCUGAAGAACUCUACACUUGCAGAGUUUGUCCAGAACCUCUCCCAGACAAUGGGCUUCCCGCAGGAUCAGAUACGAUUAUGGCCAAUGCAGGCAAGAAGCAAUGGUACCAAGAGGCCGGCAAUGCUGGAUUAUGACGCUGAUUGCAGUAAGUCUAUGAUUGACUUGAGUGACAAUGAAAACCCAUGGACAAUAUUUUUGGAAACGGUCAAUCCAGAGAUGGCAGCCAGUGAUGUGACGUUACCCAAGUUUGACAAAGACCAUGAUGUCAUGUUGUUCUUGAAGAUGUACGAUCCAAAGUCAAGAAGCUUAAAUUAUUGCGGACAUAUCUACACUCCUAUAUCUUGUAAAAUACGAGACUUGCUGAUCGUCAUGUGCGAAAGAGCAGGAUUCCAGCAAGGAACUAGCCUAAUCCUCUAUGAGGAAGUUAAACCAAACCUAACAGAGCGAAUUCAAGACCAUGACGUCUCCCUAGACAAAGCGCUCGAUGAACUCAUGGAUGGGGACAUAAUAGUGUUUCAGAAGGAUGACCCUGAAAAUGACACAAGUGAAUUACCAACUGCAAAAGACUACUUCAGAGACCUGUACCAUAGUGUUGAUGUAAUCUUCUGUGACAAAACAAUCCAGAAUGACCCCGGUUUUGUGGUGACGCUCUCGAAUAGGAUGAACUACUUCCAGGUGGCGAAAACUGUUGCUCAGAGGUUAAAUACUGACCCAAUGUUGCUGCAGUUCUUCAAGUCCCAAGGAUACAGAGAUGGACCAGGUAACCCUCUCAGGCACAAUUACGAAGGCACUCUCAGAGACCUGCUGCAGUUCUUCAAGCCUAGGCAACCCAAGAAGCUGUACUAUCAGCAGUUGAAGAUGAAGAUCACAGAUUUUGAAAACCGAAGGAGUUUCAAAUCCACCUGGCUGAACAGUCAGUUUCGGGAAGAGGAAAUAACACUCUACCCUGACAAACAUGGCUGUGUCCGAGACCUGCUGGAAGAGUGUAAAAAAGCUGUGGAACUCUCUGACAAAGGCUCCGAAAAGUUGAGGCUGCUAGAAAUUGUAAGCUACAAAAUAAUUGGGGUCCACCAAGAAGAUGAAUUGUUGGAAUGUUUAUCUCCAGCAGCAAGUCGGACAUUCAGAAUAGAGGAAAUUCAUGUGGACCAGGUAGAUCUUGACAAGGAAAAUGAGAUGCUGAUUCCUGUUGCACAUUUCCAAAAGGAAGUUUUUGGAACUUUUGGUAUCCCAUUUUUGCUGAAAAUCCGACAGGGCGAGCCCUUCAGGGAAGCCAUGAGGAGAAUUCAGACCAUGCUUAACAUUCAGGAGAAGGAGUUUGAAAAGUUUAAGUUUGCAAUCGUGAUGAUGGGACGGCAUCAGUACAUCAACGAAGAUGAAUAUGAAGUAAAUCUGAAAGACUUUGAGUCUCAGCCAGGGAAUAUGUCGCAUCCUCGGCCGUGGUUAGGGCUUGACCAUUUCAACAAGGCUCCAAAGAGAAGCCGCUACACAUACCUGGAAAAAGCCAUCAAGAUUCACAACUGACAAGAUUCACAACUUUGGCCUAACCAACCUGAUUUAAGACUUCAUCCAAACCCGUUUUGUUCAGAAUUUGGGUACAAGUAUUCUCAACACUUUUUUUCUUUUUUUUUUUUGGGAAGAGGUUGUUCAGGCCCCUGACUGUCUUGGUUUGGAAUUAUGAUUUGGAUUUUAUCACAGCGUUGGGGGCUUUAUGUACCAAUUUUUUAUUAGUUGAUAAUGGCAAGAAAGCUGCUGCACAAGGAUCAGGAGGCAAUUGGGAAAAUAACUUGCCAUUUCAUCCCUUCAGUGUCCUUGUGGUUGAUAUUUCCUGACCCUUUAGCACCAAAAAGUGGAGUGUUUCUACAAAUCUUGUACAAAGCAAAUGGCAACGGUUUUAAGUCUGCUUCAUCUUUGCAGAUUUACACUUAAGUUUUUUUUUCCUGUUACUAGGAGGAGUUUUUGCUUUGGAUUUGUUCUUUUCCCCUUAUCCUCUUUGCCAUGGGGUUAUGUUGGGAUUGUUUGAUCGCUUUUGUGACUUCUGUUGUUUUGCUGUGUAAUAGCAAGCAGCUGCAAAUGCUUUUGACUGGUUGAGGAUGUAAACUAAUUGAAAUGCAGCCCUUCCACACAGGACUGCACACUAAUGUAUAGUAGGGUAUUGACUUUGUAAUAAAGUGUAAAAAAACAACUUGUUGGAUACAAAUUAAUUCUGUGUCCAUAUUCAUUGUGUAUUUUUGGUUCCUGACUUUCCAUAAUUUUAUUCCUAAUUCUUAGCAAUUACUACACCAUGUCUCGAGUGAAGUACAAAGAGGACCUUUGCAUAUCUGUCUGUUCCUCCAUGUUGCAGCAGUGUACAACUUCCUGUAUAUUGCCUUUUUGCUGGAAAAUGUUGAAUAAAGUUUUCUAUAAAUAUG